CAGUACAGAGUACUAGCACGCUAUACCAUUACUCUCUAAUGCCGAUACAUACAAUUUGAUAAUCGAUCAUCUUAUCAUUUCAUGGGAAAGUGCACUCAUAGAUUUCUAGGUUUGCGCGAUAAUUAUCAUCGUGUACGAGAGUUACUUAUCGGACAUUGCCUCUCGCAUUAUCACUACAGUGCGGGCACUAUAACACACAAACCGCACGCCAAUCUCCUUCACCUACUUGUUUGCUUCAUCUGUAUGUAGUUGCUAUUCUUAUUUUAUGAUACUGUUUUGCUGGUUUGUUAGCUUGUUUAGGUUUUUCUGAUUUCCGAAGUAUUUCGUUAAGGAAAAUGAUCAAAUUAUCUAGGAUUUAUUUCCGUACGCCGUGGAAAUUUGAAAAUGCAGCGGGUCGUCGACGUUUAUCAGUCCUGAAUAAAGCACGCUGGAUGCCGUUCACAAAAGGUCCAGACGAUAUCAUGACCGAAACUUUCAACCAGAUGGGUUACAGCGUCGACAUUCUAGACCCAUACACCGCGUACUUCCUCCACAAAAUGCGGAAGCCCACCCAACCAGUCGCUGAUCUGGGCUGCGGUUUUGGAAUCGUUACCAAGCAUCUGCUCAACGCCGGCGCCACGGUUAUUGCCAACGACAUCUCCAGAGCGCAUUUGGCGGAAGUGGAAGACAGCGUCCCGCGUGAACAGCGCUCCCGUUUGACUAUCGUCCACGGGGAUGCCAGUCAGCUGGACUUCCCGGCAAACAGCCUCAGCGGAAUCAUGGCAGGCCGAUGGGUGCAUUUCCUCACCAGCCCCGAAGCGUACUUUGACUUCUUCCAUCGAGCACUCAGAUGGUUGGAACCCGGUGGGAGUUUAUGUGUAACGGUGCACACGAUGAAGGCAUGGAGUCCACCGGAGGUCUGUGCGGCGUAUGAGAUUAAGCGCGCCAGUGGGAUGGCGUGGCCGGGAUGGGUGUCGCGGGAGAUGAAGUGGGAAGGGCUGCGGGAUCGCUUGCCGGAUCGGGGAUAUGCGUUUCGUUUGGAGGAACUGAAAGGUUUGGUGGAGGAAAUCGGGUUCCAUGUGGAGAAGUGCGGGUUGUAUGGGUUGCGCAUACCGGCACAUCCGCCGGAGCGGCAGGUGGAGCUGGCGCCGAAUAAUACCAUUGGUAUUGUGGCAAGUAAAUCUAUUUCGCUUACGUAAUCUGUUUCGAUUUUGGACACUAAUCCAAAUUGUACAUGCUAGUUUCUGGCACAUUGUUAUUGUCAUCGGUAAUUGUUGCGUUGUGUCGCGUGCGCGCACUCUGAUAUUUUUCUCUGUCGUUUCCUGCGUUUUAUCUUUUGUGUUUAGACUUAUUAUUGGAAAUAGUGCAACUGCAAGAGUCAUUGCUCCAAAUUCCGUUUUUAAAAGGCCCCAUAUUUGACGUAAUAACUGUA